ACACCCUGCGUUCUCUGCGAUCGUUUACUUAAACCAGGCGACUUCCAUUCCAUCCAGUGCAGGUUUGUCCCAGACGGCAUUCUUCCAUCCCCGCUUUACAAUCAUCUGAGAUCCAUUUACGAACCCGUGGCUUCACAAUGUUUGUGAAACAUGCAAAGAAGGCGCUCGUGGCGCUGUCUCUGUUGGCCGCUAGUACGCAAGCUGCACGAGUUCGCUUGGCGAACCGUGCUCCCUCCUUCGACUAUAAGAACCAGAUAGUUCGCGGUGUCAAUCUGGGUGGCUGGCUUGUGACCGAGCCCUGGAUCACUCCCUCAAUCUAUGACAAUGCAGGGGGUGGUGUUGUGGACGAGUGGACGUUGACUCAAACACUGGGCAAGGAUGAAGCCAAAUCCCGGCUGUCUUCUCAUUGGAGUUCAUUCAUCUCGCAGAGUGACUUCGAUCGUAUAGCCCAGGCGGGCCUAAACCACGUCCGGAUUCCCAUUGGAUACUGGGCUGUAGCUUCCAUUGAGGGCGAGCCGUACGUCGACGGUCAGCUAGAGUAUCUCGACAAGGCAAUCACCUGGGCUCGAAGCUCUAACCUUAAGGUUAUAAUCGAUCUUCACGGGGCCCCUGGCUCCCAAAACGGGUUCGACAACAGUGGGCGCCGCGGCCCCAUCCAGUGGCAACAAGGGAACACGGUCAAUCAGACCGUAGCUGCAAUUGAUGCCCUUGCUCGGCGGUACCUCCAGUCAGACGUCGUGGCGGCGAUCGAGGCACUCAACGAGCCCAAUAUCCCCGGUGGAGUAAAUGAGGGUGGUUUGAAGAAUUACUAUUACAGCGUCUUGGCCGAUGUCCAGCGCAUCAAUCCAUCCACUUACGUGUUCCUUUCGGACGGCUUUCAGCCCGUGGAGUCCUGGAAUGGUUUCAUGCAAGGCAGCAAUGUUGUCAUGGACACACACCAUUAUCAAGUCUUUGAUAACGGCUUGCUUGCGAUGAGUAUCGAUGACCAUGUCAAGACCGCAUGCUCUCUCGCCACGCAGCAUCUGAUCCCCUCAGACAAGCCCGUUGUCGUAGGCGAAUGGACCGGUGCUUUGACUGACUGCGCCAAAUAUCUCAACGGGGUUGGUAAUGCGGCUCGCUACGAUGGCACCUACCAGUCCACCACCAAGAUUGGGGACUGUACAGGCAAAUCUACUGGUUCUGCCGCCGAUCUGUCAGCCGAUGAGAAGGCGAACACUCGUCGCUACAUUGAGGCUCAGUUGGAGGCCUACGAGAUGAAGAGUGGUUGGAUUUUCUGGACCUGGAAGACCGAAGGAGCCCCUGGAUGGGACUUGCAGGAUCUUCUUGCCCAGCAGCUCUUUCCUACCUCGCCUACGGAUAGACAAUACCCCCACCAGUGCUCUUGAUUGGUCGGUUUAGCGAUUGGGCGUUUGGAAUUCUGUUGCAGUGACUGCUCUAAUGCUCGACAUUCUUUUACCGUUGUUAUGGUUUACAGCCAGGGCUUAUCCCCUCUCGUCUUACUGUUGCUGUGUCUUUCAUUCCCUUCACUUUUUAUCUUUCUAUUGGCGGUAAUUGG